AUGUCUUCCUCGAUGCCAUCCCAACCCCCAAAGGCAGCAGCCUACACCACGGCCUCAAACCCGGCAUCCCGUAACCCCGCCGAGGGUGAUGCCGCAGCCUCUCACGCCCAACAGGACGAGAUUGCCGCACGCGACGCGGCCCAGGGCCGCACGCCCUUCCCGCGGUCGCAGGCCAGGUCCGCCGACGACGCGGUGCCGAGCGCGCUGGGCGCAGGCGUGCACUCCUCAGGCCCCGUAGAUGCCACGGAGCGCGAGAAUACGGCGUACGUCUCCGAGCAGGAGUCUCGCAAGGGGCCGGAGAACCCUAACGUCGAGGCGGAGCAGAUGGAGACGCUGGCCGAGGGUAAGGUCGCGGACGCUGUGGAGAGAAAGAGCGGAACGCAGAAGGCGCCAGGACAGGAGGAGGUCCGAAUCGACGACUUUAGCAGCGGGCUCGAGAGGAAGAAGCAAGAGCAGCAGGCCGCAAGAAAUGCGAUCAAGGAGGAACGUAGCGCCGGAAUUGACGUCGACGGGGGCAUGGGGCAGAGAUUAGGGACAGAGGACAACCGGGAUGUCUGA